AUGGGGACGCUUGGGAGAGCGUGGGCGCAAGAUGUCCGUCUGCCUGACCCGCGCUCCCUCCCCGGCAGCAAUCCCGCCUGGGGCCUUCGGGACACGGCACUGCUGCGGCAGCUGGCUGAGGCCAACGGGCUGCGCCUGGAGAGGAUGGUGGAUAUGCCGGCCAACAACAAGAGUCUCAUCUUCCGCAAGCAGUAG